AUGGAGAGCAGCGACACCGUCACUGAAGAGGUCUGCAGGGAGGACGACGUUGGGGACGGACAGCUCCUGGAGGUGAUGGUGGCCGGGUACCCAGUGCUGCUGGUGAGGAACAGGAGGGAAUUCCGAGCUCUGGGCAGCAAGUGUCCCCACUACGGUGCCCCGCUGAGCAAAGGGGUUUUGAGAGGGGAGAGGCUGCGCUGCCCCUGGCACGGGGCCUGCUUUAACAUCAGGACUGGAGACAUCGAGGAAUACCCUGCUCUGGACUGUAUCCACUGCUUUAAGGUAACAGUGGAAGAUGGAAAGGUGUUCAUUACAGCAAAAAAGAAGGACCUGGAAAGCAGCCAGAGGGUGAAGGACACAAGCAGGAGGUGCCUCCUCAACAAGAACACGAAGCUGCUGCUGGGGGGAGGUGUGGCUGCCCUGGUGUGCGCAGAGACUCUUCGCCAGGAGGGAUUCACCGGCCGGAUCAUCAUGGCCACCAGGGAGAAGCACGUUCCCUAUGACAAGUCCAAGCUGAGCAAGGAAAUGAACUUGAAAGCUGAGGAUAUCUACCUGAGGAAACCUGAAUUCCUCCAGGCUCGGGGCAUAGAGUUCUGGACAGAGAAAGAGGCAGUGUCGGUGGAUUUCCAGAAGCAGAAGGUUCGUUUCAUGGAUGGCUCCUCUCAGAAGUACCACCAGCUGCUCAUUGCAACAGGCAGCCACUCUAGUUUCCUCAAGGUCCCAGGUGCAGACCUGCAGAACAUCUGCACACUCCAAACCCCAGAAGAGUCCAGCAAGAUCUUGGAGCUGGCAACUGGGAAGAAUCUGGUGAUUGUGGGAGCCUCAUUCAUAGGAAUGGAGGUGGCUGCCUUCCUCUCAGACAAGGCUGGAGCCAUCUCAGUGGUGGAAAGAGAGGAGUUCCCUUUCCAGCACGCCCUGGGCCCUCAGGUUGGAGGUGUUGCCAUGAAGAUGCUGCAAAAUAAAGGGGUGAAGUUCCACAUGAAAACAGAGCUGUGUGAGCUGAAAGGAAAGGAUGGAAAGGUCACAGAGGCUGUCCUUGCCAAUGGAGUGAAGCUCCCUGCAGAUGUGGUAGUGGUGGGAAUAGGCUCAACCCCCAGCUCAGCCUUCCUGAAGGGCACCUCCAUUGCCAGAGAUGCCAAAGGUGCCAUCCUGGUGAAUCUGCACAUGCAAACCAACAUCCCCAAGGUCUUUGCUGCGGGGGACGUGGUCACCUUCCCAGUGGCACUGCUGGAUGGGGACAGGUCCAGCAUCCACCACCAGCAAGUGGCUGAGGCCCACGGUCGCUGUGCUGCCCUGAACAUGCUGGGCAGAGGGGAGGAGCUGCACACUGUUCCUUACUUCUGGAGCACCUUGCUUGGGAAGAGCAUCCGCUAUGCAGGCUGUGGGAAGGGAUACACGGACACUGUGGUGAAGGGCAGCCUGGAGCAACAGAAAUUCCUGAUCUUUUACAUCAGGGAUGGCCAUGUGACUGCAGCUGCCAGCCUGAACUGCGACCCCAUGGUGUCCCUGAUUGCAGAAGUGUUGUACUUGGGGAAACAGAUCUCCAAAGAAGAAGCAGAGGCCUGUGACAUUGGCUGCGUCCCCUCGCUGGCACAAAGCUAA